AGCGGUAUCGAGUACGACGACAUUCUCCGCUUGGCUGUCACCACGCACAAUCGCACAUUCUGUCUUCACCUCGUACCAAACCUUGAACUAUUCCAUCCCGACGCCGUCCUCAACAAUGGACUGGGUAAAGAAGAGCCUCUGCAGCACGAAGAAUUUAGAAUCUACCGUGGCUAUGUUGUCGACCCAGCUUACUCUGAACAGAGAUGGGCUGCAGAUCGGGCUGGUGUCCUUCGAGAUGAGUUUUCUACAGACUCUGAACAAGGCAUUCUCGGUUGGGCACGGAUAGUUGUUCGGCAUGAUAUAAAGCACCAAUUAGACCAUCCCGUAUUUGAAGGCACCUUUAAGGUUUAUGAAGAUAUGUAUCAUGUCAAGGUCAAGCACAACUACAAUCUUGCCAAACGAUCCGAUGAUGCCGAUGUCGAGCAGACCGAUGCAGCCAUGGUUAUCUACCGUGACUCUGACACCAUCAAGGUCUCGCUGGAUCGUCGUGCUAGUGAAUCCGCAGAACCCGAGUGUGGUUUUGAUAAUCUUCUUCACCCCCCACAAUCGACCUCUAAAUUAUAUCCUCGGAUAGCAGCACCAGCACCCGGAUCAUCAUCGUUAUCUUCUUGGACUGGUGGUGGACUGGAGCAAUACAACCCUCUAAAUGUCAUUGAUCCUUUUGCGUCGUCACACCGUCUUGCCAAACGUGCCACUGGAUGUCCAACAACCAAGAAGAUCAAUUAUAUGGGAGCAGCUGCUGAUUGUACAUAUGUAAAAUAUUAUCAGUCCAUGACAAAUGCACGUAUGCAGAUCAUCAAUGACUGGAACACCGCAUCUGCUGCCUAUGAACGCAGCUUCAAUGUGUCUCUGGGUCUGAUCACUAUCACCAUCAUGUCAGAAACCUGUCCUACUACUGUUGCUGCCAAUGCUACCUGGAACCGUCCCUGUUCGGACAGCUACACAAUCAGCAGCCGGCUGAGUGAUUUCAGUCUCUGGAGAUCAAAGAUUGGAAAUGAUGGAGCAGGUCUCUGGCAUUUAAUGACAAGUUGCGCUACUGGCGUUGAAGUUGGUGUUGCAUGGCUGGGUAGACUGUGUACAUCAACCGCAAUUACACAGACCGACAAGGGUGUCACACAACACGUAUCUGGUACUGGUGUAUCUUCUAUCAUUCGUGAUGAGUGGAAGGUUGUUGCCCACGAAAUUGGUCAUGGAUUUGGUGCCAUUCAUGAUUGUACAUCUUCAAAUUGCCCUUGUAGUGGAAGCAGCUGCCAAUGCUGCCCUCUUAGUGCAACUCAGUGUGAUGCUGGCGGAACUUAUAUUAUGAACCCUUCCAGCAAUGUGUCGACCAACGAUUUCAGUCCAUGCUCUAUCACUACCAUUUGUAGUGCAUUCCCUGCUUCAGGAACAUGUCUUGAGGAACCUGGAUCUCGUUCUGUAAAGACAUUGCAGAUGUGCGGUAAUGGUAUCAAGGAAACUGGCGAAGAUUGUGACACUGGAGGAGCCAACAGUACUUGCUGCGAUCCAGCCACCUGUAAAUUCAAAGCCAAUGCUGUAUGCGAAGAUUUCAAUGAUAAUUGCUGUGACAAGUGCCAGUUGAGACCGGCCUCAUACGUCUGUAGACCGGCCUCGACUUCUUGUGAUCUGGAGGAGAGUUGUAGUGGAACCUCUGCAACGUGCCCGGAAGACAAGUUUGUGACCGAUGGAGACUCUUGUGGAGGCAAUAGCACCGGACUUGCCUGUGCAUCCGGCCAGUGUACUUCACGAGACGCACAGUGCAAAGAGAGAGGCACAACGAUGGGUAUCAGCAGAGCCUGUUCUAGUAACAGUAACAGCUGUGAACUCACUUGCGACAAUCCGGGUGGUCUUGGAUGUCUUAUCUUUAACGGAAAAUUCAUUGACGGUACACCUUGUGGUAUCGGUGGAGCCUGCAAGGAUGGAAAAUGUGACCUUUCCAACUUUGGUAACAAUGCCAAGAACUGGCUGGAAAAGAACAAGGCGAUUGCUAUUCCGGUUGGUAUCGUGCUUGGUCUCUUGAUCAUAUUCUGCGUC